AUGGCUGGGUUCAGAGUUCUAUGCGACAAGUACGUGACAGCACUCUCCAGUAACGUAGGAACUGUCGGUGAAGUUGCUGCUCUUUUAGAACACACUACUGGUUCUGAUCAGGAGAAGAAGACUUGUCUAGAUGUUGCUUUCAGGAAAGCGCUGCUCAACAAGGUGGUGGCAACUGACCAGGUCGUUAGAGGUUACAUUGAGUUAUCAUUUGAGUCGGCUCAAGCAGGCUACUGCUCCACCAGUACUCCCUACUACGUUCUAGCUGAUGUGUUUGAUUGUCUCACUUUGGAUCGGUGCCAAGAAAUAUUCAGUUACGUAGAAGAGAAGAGCGUGCUGUUUGCGAGCGAAGCCCCAGCUAAUCGUAACGUCGUGCUACGUCUGUGCAAUGACUUGAUUAGACGCUGCUCAAAGUCAAUAAACACACUCUUCUGCGGACGUAUUCAGAUCAUGUUGGCCAAAAUAUUCCCCAUCUCAGAAAGGUCAGGGCUAAACCUACAGUCACAGUUCAACCUAGAAAAUAUGACCGAAUAUAACACCUCAUCAGAAAAUAGCGAAACACCGAUGGAUACCGAUUCUAAGGAGGUAACGUUCCUGUUCUACCAAACGUUAUGGUCGAUACAGGACUACUUCAGAAACCCUAAUCAGAUAUCGAACGAUGCUCAUUGGAAGAAAAUGGAAGAUACAGUUAAUGAAAUCUGUAGAAUAUUCGAGAACUACAAGCACGAAGGAAGUUGCCCAGUUUCUAACGAAGAAGCCUACUUCGCCAAAUUUCUAACGAGCGAGCGCCUCCUUACCCUUCAAAUAUCAGAUUCUAACUUCAGACGCCACAUUUUAGUUCAGAUCCUGACCCUGUUUCAGUAUCUUACAGGAGAUGUCAAGUUCAAGCCAAACAAACUGGUCUUAUCUGAGCCUCGUAAGUUGUGGAUACGAGAUACCACAAACAAGAUAUACUCGGUGCUGUCUGACACACCGCCAGAAGGUGAUAAAUUUGUUCAACAUAUUAAGUCAAUUCUGAAGUACGAAGAAAAGUGGAGCAAAUGGAAGAACGAAGGAUGCCCCGCUCUUUCUAAAUUGCCAGAUAAGACGUUGCAAGCUAAGCAGAAGAACUUAAAGCGGAGUGUGAAAGCGAUGGACCUGUCCAGUGACAAGUUUGAUUUGUGUAACCAAACCCUAACUGAUCUGUGGAACAUCUGCCCGGAUAACACGGCAGCUUGCCAAGAUUCUAACCGAAAGUUUACCCCAGAGACGUUCAAGUUCUUCGAAGACUCGAUAGAGCAGUUGGAGCCAGACUCGGGGGUGGAAAAAGAAUACUACCUCACAAACGAGACAGCGUUUGUGUGGAGAAGUCUGAGACUGCUUGCUCGACAAAGUGUACCAUACUUUCAACAUAUUCAGAAUACUAAGAACUUGACUCUUACCGACAAUCUGCAGAACAUUAUAAUGUUGAUCGGCAAGGAAUAUAAAAAGGAGAAUGGAAUGGAGUGAGGCGGCCACGAGAUAAUUUAUUUUUAAUUUUCUAUUGGAGAGCGAGGACGAAUUUUAUUGCUCUAUCAAAAUAUGGUUAGAGCGAUCGUACUUAAUCUGUUAACGGCUGUGCUUCAGUCUUUUAGUUUGGUAAAAGGAUCAUUUUCAACACGAAUUUGUCUAGAACAAAAAUCUUGAUUUUAAGAUUUUUAGGCUCUUUAAUUCAGUGGCUUUCUCGCCAGCUUUACAUUUUUUCUGUCUUAUUUAUGAUAUGUUUUAUGAAUCCAUUUUAUUCGUAUCACUUGAUGA